CGAUCGAUGGAGUAGGAUUCAUAUUCAUUUCAAGAUAAAGCAACAAAUGGCAGAAGGCAAAGAGAUUAAAUUAUUGACGGAUGAAGUAACGGAAGCUGAACAAAAUCUUCUAGUGGAGCUCGGAAAACGUCUGACAAAUGGUCAUCCACUUUGUAUGAAGAUUAAAAAUCUGUCUGAUACAGCAAUGAUAAACGGAUGUGUAGCCCCAAACUGUGGGAUAAUUCACACAGUUCUCCCUUCAAGUAUUGCACCAAAUUCAUUGUAUUGUCUUGGAUUCCACAAGACGAAGUUUUCCUUGUAUGGCACAGUCGGCGUUGUGGCUUAUGAUAUUGAUAAUUACAAACUAUGUAUCAUGUAUGGUAACCCAUAUAGAGGAAUGAAUAAAGCUGGGUUUCUGUGGUGUGAACGAGAAAAGGAAAUCGUUCGAGGAUUCGAUGAUAAAAUGUUGGAAAUUGGAAUUAAUUUUUAUAGCGGAGGAACUAUGAAAUGGACAUCGAGUUAUUCUCCCGAUAGAAAGUAUAUCGCGGAAGGGUUUGUCUCUCAGGGAGAUCCGGCGUAUCUCCAUAUCCAUGUUCGAAACAACAAAACAUGAAAAUAUACUUGAAAUCUGCUUUGUUUGUCUUUGAACAUACAUGUAUAUAUGUAAACUAGAAGUUUUACAUUCUGUAUUGCACAAGUAUGUAGCAACCGAUAGUGAUUGAACGACUUAAACAUUUCAUUAAACAAUGCAAUAGAAUGUUUAAUGUCAUUAAUUUCAAAUUAUUACAAUGUAGUUGAUAUUUUCUUUUGCUAAAUAUUGUUAUAUAUUCAUGACGCUUUGAUUUAGCAUUAGCGGUUGAGAAUGGCAACUGUUGAUGCAAGAAUUUAGGGCAGUAAGCGUUGCAAUUGCAAAGCUAAAUGACAUUUCUAUAUUUAUGCGACUUUUUAUCACAAGCCGUUGCUGCAAUGGUAUUUUGUAGAGUAAAGUAAGUUUCUAUUUACUGCAGAUAUUGUAAAGCAGAAUGUUUAUAAAAGGAUCAUGAACUUUACGAAAGUGGUUAAAAAGGAAAAAUGAUAUACCAAUUUUUUGUA